CACUGGUGACGUCAGCUCGGGAGAGACAGGAAGUGGGAUCCCGACACACAGUCACCUCCUUCCUCAGAAUCCGGAGAGGAGCCGCGAACAACGGGAGCAGGGAUGUGGAAAGCAGCAGCCGGACAUUCCCUUUCCAUCUCUGCAGAUGACAAUGAUGACUGGGAGACGGAUCCCGAUUUUGUGAAUGACCUCUCUGAGAAGGAACAGAGAUGGGGAGCGAAAACUGUGGAAGGAUCCGGUCACCAGGAACACAUCAACAUCCACACACUGAGGGAAAAUGUCUCCCAGGAACACCAGUGCCUGAAAGAACAUGAAUUGCAGAUUGGACCCCAAGCUUCUCAUGGUUAUGGAGGAAAGUUUGGUGUGGAGAAGGACCGUAUGGACAAGUCUGCGGUUGGACAUGAAUAUCAAGCAAAGCUUUCCAAGCACUGUUCCCAGUCUGAUUCAGUGAAAGGAUUUGGAGGAAAGUUUGGUGUCCAGACAGACCGAGUGGAUAAGUCUGCAUUGAGUUUUGAAUAUCAAGGGAAGACCGAAAAACAUGCAUCCCAGAAAGAUUACACCAGCGGCUUCGGGGGCAAAUAUGGAGUUCAGUCUGACCGAGUGGAUAAAAGCGCCAUGGGCUUUGAUUACAAGGGCAAAACGGAGAAGCAUGAAUCCCAGAAAGAUUAUUCUACUGGUUUCGGUGGGAAGUACGGUGUGCAGGCAGACCGUGUGGACAAGAGUGCUGUAGGAUUUGAUUACCAGGGGAAGACCGAAAAGCAUGAGUCUCAGAAAGAUUAUUCCAAAGGCUUUGGCGGUAAAUACGGUGUCGAUAAGGACAAUGUGGACAAAAGUGCUGUCGGGUUUGACUACCAAGGGAAGACUGAGAAGCACGAAUCGCAAAAAGACUAUGUGAAAGGGUUUGGAGGAAAGUUUGGUGUGCAGACAGACAGACAAGACAAGUGUGCACUUGGCUGGGAUCACCAAGAGAAACUGCAGCUCCAUGAGUCCCAAAAAGAUUAUUCCAAGGGAUUCGGUGGAAAAUAUGGUGUACAGAAAGAUCGAAUGGAUAAGGCGGCUGCUUCCUUUGAAGAUGUGGAGAAAGUGUCAUCAAGUUACCAAAAAACUAGACCAGUGGAAGUCGAGGGAACUAAAGCCAGCAACAUCCGGGCCAACUUUGAGAACUUUGCAAAAGAAAGAGAGCAGGAAGACCGGAAGAAAGCAGACCUGGAAAGAGCACAGAGGAUGGCACAGGAGAAGCAGGAACAAGAUCAGGCCCGCAGGAAUCUGGAGGAGAAAGAAAAAGCCAAACCUGCCUCUCCUCCAGCCUCCCCCAGAACUGCCUCUCCUCCAGCCUCCCCCAGAACAAGAGAAGUAGUUAAAGAGGCCCCAGCAAGUCCGGUAUAUGAGGACGCUGCCCCAUUAUAUGAGCGAGAACAACCUAAAGCCAGAGCUGAGCCUGAACCGGUAUACGCUGAAGAGCCUCUUUACCAGGAAGCUGAGAGUCCUAAAGAGGAGGCACCAAUAACUGAAGCCGUUUACGAAUCCACAGAUUAUCAAGAUGUGGAGAACACCUAUACGGAGUAUGAUGACAAUGACCUUGGAAUCACCGCUAUUGCUCUGUAUGAUUAUCAAGCAGCUGGCGACGACGAGAUCUCCUUCGACCCAGAUGACAUAAUCACGAACAUUGAGAUGAUUGAUGAUGGAUGGUGGAGAGGGACGUGCAAGGAACGUUAUGGGCUCUUCCCAGCUAAUUAUGUAGAACUCCGGCAGUAAGACAUCCGUCAUCUGCCGUCCCUAUGAGGGGAUCCUGCAUCACAGCCCCUCUGCUUUGGCGGCGCUGCAGUAAGGCGCUGUGUUGCAUGCUCCUCUCUCCAAUGAAUUUUGCCAUACUUACCCGAGCUGGAUUCUUACACUACAAAUCAUGAUACUUUUUUGUUUUCUUUCCUUUCAGCGAGGGAGCAGUGUUUUUCAGAUUAUGAUUUUUGUUGUUUUCUAGUAACUUUUUAUCAGGCUUUUAACACGCAGCCGGCUGCUGCAAACUGGCAAAAUGCAUUUUAAAGGCUGUUAACCCCUUUAUUGCCAGGCGUGCCUUUACUUUGCGAGACGUUUGACCAGAGCUGAUUAACGGGCAGGCAGUCUUUUGCUGUCGGGUGGUUUCACAGGUGGGCAGCUGGGUCACGGUGUUGCGCUUCCAGAUG